AUGGAGUCUCCCGAGUCCCUGUGGUCUCUUGUCCCUCGAGACGAUACUACUUGCACUGGGUCCAAGCUGUGGUAUGUCUGCACAGCAGGCAGCUUUCGUGGAUGCUGCGCAAGUGAUCCAUGUACGACGGGUAUUUGUCCGGACGACGACGAUGACACACUCUCAUCGACCUCAGCUGGGGUGUCCAGCGUGACGACGAAAACCACCACUACGUCCCCUACGUCCACUUUGUCGGACCAAGCUACCGUCUCGUCGACAGCCUCUUCUAUUACUUCAAAUACAUCAACAGGUUCGGAGACACCCAUAUCCUCAGUAACACAGGCGACUUCAUCGCCACUUUUUACAAAUUCUGACACAUCCACGACUCCAGAACCUACAGGUGUUACUGCUAGCGCAUCUCCAUCCAGUACCUCAUCCAAUACCCCAGGUGCCACAUCCUCAAACCUGGGCGCAAUCAUCGGCGGUGUUGUUGGAGGAGUUGCGGUCUUGGUCAUAUGUGCCAUUCUGCUUUUCUGUUGCUGUCGCCGCAAGAGAAAACAUGGGAAGCGCAAGGGCACAACUCUUGUCUCAUGGUACAAAGAUCGAGGCAUUGCAUCCGAAAUGAAAGGCCCGCUAUCGCCAUCAGACAGCGAAGCACAUAACUCAUCGAGCGCGGCCUCCCCAUUCACAGAUAACACACGAAGCAUAAUCCUCACCCCAGACCUAGCACUAGAGUCCUCCGUCACAAGCCUCAUCUCACACUCUCCCCGCAAAACACCCAUCCCCCCAACCCAACCACACUCAAACGAGCUCUUCGCUUCAAUCCCUCCCCGCCAGGGAUUCACCCCCGAGCUACCAGACACAGGCUUCCACCGCCAACGCGCCGAACUAGCCUCGCAUGCCCAGAGCGAGCUAAUCAACGUACCCCUCCAACAACGCCAGCCACAGCAGCCCAAUACCAACUCAUGGACUACUCCACGGGCCUGGGAAUCGCCCGCCUUGGCCUCUAUACCCAGUUCACGCGCAAGCCCAGCACGAGCAGCCGACACCGGCAGCGGCCACAGCCACAGCCACAACAACAGCACUGGCGGUAGUCCGGGGCGAAACCAGGCUGGACGGGUCGUCACCGCCGAGGGGGUUGUCCUAGGCGCGAAUCUGGACCGAUACUCUAAUGGUAUGGAAAUUGGGGAGUCUGGGUCCCAGGCGCUGGGCGAAAGGGGGAGAACGGCUGAGCGCGGUGGGACGGAUCAUGUUAUGAGUUUUAUGCAGUAUGCUGGGGAUCGGGGAGGGACUGGGCUGGGAAUCGAAACUGGUGGCCUUGCUUCUAAUCCCCAGGGAGGUGGGAGCAGUGCGUCUAGGCCUGCCGAGCGCAGUUUGGAAGAUGAUAUUGUGGCUGCCGAGGGUCAUGUUGAUGUCCCGCCUGCUUAUGAGGCGGCACAGGGCGCUCCUGGACAUGAUAUUAAGUCUCCGUCUGGAAGGAUGGGUAUGAGCCCGAGAGGAGGUGUUUGA